AUGGAAAAGUUGAAAUAUUCGUAUCAAUCCCCAUCAGUUUCAUCAGCGACUUCAAGUCACCGAACUCGUACGAACAGAUUAAAAUCUCCUGUGCUAUCGGAUUAUGACUACGUUGGUCGAUUAGUAACACGUGAACGACCAAUUCUUCGAAAAUCGAAGUCAAUACAACAAAAACUUGUUUUUCCUCAAAAUAAACAGAAAUUUUAUCAUACAAUGGCGUCUGAUUGUCGAGAAGUUUACGACGAUGUACGAGUUUCAUCGAGUGAUGAUGAUUCGGAUGGUUUGAGUAAACCAUUAGGUGUUAUACGAAUCAGUGAUCGACAUUUUCGAGAAAUCUAUCGAUUACCAACACCACCACCCAAGGUUAAACGAGUUUAUCAUCGUCUUAAAUCACCUGAACCUAAAGUAAUUGAACGAGUGUUUGUUCGUCGCCCUCCACCACAAAUUAUUGAGAAUAUUAUUGAAAUACCACCAGAAAAAGUUCGUAUAAUACAUAAAGAAAAAUACUUAGGAAAAUCAACACCAAUUACACGAUCGAAAAUAGUCCGAUUACAAUCACGUGAACGACGUCAGAGAGAAGAAGAAGAUGAACAACAACAACAACAACAACAACAUCAAACUUUUACUCCUUUUGAACAAUAUUCUCAGCAAGAACAAGAACAAUCAGUAACAAUACCGUCUACUACAUUUGAACAACCAGCAUCAACAACAUUGGUUUAUCCUCCACAACCAAAUAUGCGUACUGUUGGUUACAUUGAAUCAACAGUUCCACCACAUGUUAUGUUUAAUUCGAAAAAUCCUCUUCAAAUUCCCGCUCAUCAAGUUUCCAAUGAUCCAAUGAUGCAGCCAACACCUUAUGAUCUUUCAUUACAACAAACAUCCAUUCAUCAGAUGGGCCAACCAACACCCUAUAAUCCUUCCUUACAGCAAACAUCCAUUCAUCAGAUGGGCCAACCAACACCCUAUAAUCCUUCAUUACAACAAACAUCCAUUCAUCAGAUGGGCCAACCAACACCCUAUAAUCCUUUAUUACAACAAACAUCCAUGCACCAGAUGGGCCAACCAACACCCUAUAAUCCUUUAUUACAACAAACAUCUAUGCACCAGAUGGGCCAACCAGCAUCCUAUAAUUCUUCAUUACAACAAACACCUAUUCCUUACAUGAGUCAACCGACACCAUAUAAUUAUCCAUCACAACAAACAUCUAUUCAUCAAAUGGGUCAAUUGACACCUUUUAAUUAUCGACCACAAUAG